AUGGAGCAAAAAAACCCCAAGGAUGAGAGCACCGCCAAGGGACAAGACUCCUACCAGCGGAGGAUGUGGAAGAAUUUCCAGGAGAAAACCAAGCCGUGGCUCAGUCCUAAACUGGGAUCGGAGCGUCGCGGUGCCGGGGGCGCGGAGGGCAGCAAGAAAGAAUCGGGGCUAUGGAUGUUUAAGAAGAAAAAGAAACAGUUGGACCGGGUGUUUUCGUCGUCUCAGCCGAAUCUGUGCUGCUCUACGGCGGUGCCUUUUGAAGCAGGUAAGAAGCCCAUUGGGAGCGAUGCGAUCCCCGGCACCAGCAAAGGCGGACAGCCCCUGCUACAGACCCUUGGCGCAGCCUCUGGAGCCACGGGGAGCAAGCCUGAGCUGACCGCCCACGGGAGCCCCAAACUCCCCGUCUCCCAGCUGAUCACGUACCAGCAGAAGAGCUCCUCUCUGGGCUCGGCAUGCUUCGAGAAACUGGUAGUGGACCCGGCCGCGGUGGCGGGAGAGGAGGAGCAGCUGCGUAAAAACGCAAGUGAUUCUGGCAUCAGCAUAGUGGGGCCCAGUAAUGCAGAACCCUUGCCUCGACCUCCUAGUCCAGCCAUGUACCAGCUGGAUAUUGUCCUAAAGAAAGGGAACAACCUGGCCAUCCGAGAUCGGACAGGGACCAGUGACCCAUAUGUGAAGUUUAAGAUUGCAGGGAAGGAGGUGUUCAGAAGUAAGACCAUCCAUAAGAACCUCAACCCGGUGUGGGAUGAGAGAGUAAGCCUACAUGUGGAAACCCUGAGGGACCCACUUUAUGUAAAGGUUUUUGACUAUGACUUUGGACUUCAGGAUGAUUUCAUGGGCUCAGCGUACCUCUACCUGGAGUCUCUGGAACAUCAGAAGACACUGGACGUGACGAUGGACCUGAAGGACCCACAGUACCCUGAACAAAACCUGGGCAGCCUGGAACUGGCUGUCACUCUGUCACCGAAGGAGGGAGACAUGAGGGAUGCUACCAUGCUUUUGAGAAGGAACUGGAAACGAUCUAGUAAGUAUCAGAGCAUGCGUCUGUCAGAUGUGCACAGAAAAGCCCAGCUGUGGCGAGGUAUAGUCAGCAUCAGUCUGAUAGAAGGUCGUGGCCUGCAGCCCAUGGAUGCCAAUGGCCUCAGCGACCCUUACGUCAAAUUCAGGAUGGGGCACCAGAAGUACAAAAGCAAGACAAUUCCUAAAACCCUGAACCCCCAGUGGAGAGAGCAGUUUGACUUCCACCUGUAUGAUGAGCAGGGAGGCUAUGUGGACAUUACAGUCUGGGACAAAGAUGCUGGCAAGAAAGAUGACUUCAUGGGAAGGUGUACCAUUGACCUGUCACGUCUCAGUAAAGAACACACACACAAGCUGGACCUGCCCCUGGAGGAAAGUGAAGGGGUGCUAGUGCUCCUGGUUACACUCACUGCCUCCGCUGCCGUUUCCAUCUCAGACCUGUCAAUCCACUUGCUUGACGACCCACAUGAGAGACAUCAGAUCAUGCAGAGAUAUAGCCUGUGGAGGUCAUUUCACAACCUGAAAGAUGUCGGUGUGGUGCAGGUAAAGGUCAUCAGGGCUGAGGGACUGAUGGCAGCAGAUGUCACAGGUAAGAGUGACCCAUUCUGUGUAGUGGAGCUGAGUAAUGAUCGGCUGCAGACUCACACUGUCUACAAAAACCUCAACCCAGAGUGGAACAAGGUCUUCACUUUUAAUGUGAAGGACAUCCACUCGGUACUCGAGGUCACUGUUUACGACGAGGACCGAGACAGAAGUGCAGAUUUCCUGGGAAAAGUGGCUAUUCCUUUACUAAAUAUCCAAAAUGGAGAACGCAAAGCCUACGCCUUGAAAAGCAAGGAGCUGACAGGGCCAACAAAAGGGGUCAUCUUUCUCGAAAUAGACGUGAUUUUUAAUGCUGUGAAGGCUGGUCUCAGGACGUUGAUUCCCAUCGAGCAGAAGUAUAUCGAGGAGGAGCCCAGAGUGUCUAAACAGCUGCUGUUGCGCAACUUCAACCGAGUUAGGCGUUGCAUCAUGUUCCUUAUCAACACAGGCUGCUACAUCAACAGCUGCUUCGAAUGGGACUCUCCACAGAGGAGCAUCUGUGCCUUUGUGCUUUUUGUCAUCGUCGUUUGGAACUUUGAACUCUAUAUGAUUCCUCUGGCUUUGCUGCUGCCUUUGGCCUGGAACUACAUUCUUAUUGUGUCGGGGAAGGAUACCAGGCAAGAUGUGCAAGCAGUGGAGGACCUGCUGGAGGACGAGGAUGAGGAUUUUGACAAAGAUGACAAGGACCCUAAACCAGACCCCUGGGAGGACAGCUGUGAUAAAAACCAUAUCCUCGAGGAUAUGUUGGCUUCCUGGCACUUUGAGUGGAUACGAACGAUGGUGGACUCGGAGAGAAAGGGCUUCAUGAACAAGCUUUAUGCCAUUCAGGACGUGUGCAUCAGCGUGCAGAAUGCACUGGAUGAAGUGGCCUCCUAUGGCGAGAGGAUAAAGAACACAUUUAACUGGACUGUGCCUUUCUUAAGCUGGCUGGCCAUAGUGGCUCUCGGAGUGGCUACCAUCAUCAUCUACUUCAUCCCUCUACGAUACAUUGUGUUGGCCUGGGGGGUGAAUAAAUUCACCAAGAAGCUGCGAGACCCCUAUACCAUUGACAACAACGAGUUGCUAGACUUCCUGUCCAGAGUGCCCUCAGAUGUACAGGUGGUGCAGUACCGAGAGCUGAAACUGGAUCCCAAUCCCAGUCCAAAUAAAAGGAAGAAAAACAACCCCGGGUAG